CACAUUGUGUGCUCCAACCACCACUUCGCCACAGAAAGCUUAUUCUUAUUAUUUAUAUUACAGCAAAUAAAAAGGCCUCUUCUUCAUAUUUUUCUCUCUGCCCACCCAAAAUAAAUCCUUCCCUGCUUUCUUUGCUUCUUCUCGUCCUCCCUCCGUUGGCGUCUCCGUGUGUGUGUGUGUUCCGAUGGAUGGAUCCACGGAUGGAAGCCCGAGGAGGAGCAGCAGCGCCUCCUCGUCUCCGGAGUUCGAGUUCUGGGCGGUCGGAAAGCCCCCGCAGCAGCUCCUCACGGCCGACGAGCUCUUCGCUGACGGCGUCCUCCUCCCACUCCACCUCCUCUCCCUCCGCCAGCCUAACCGAGAGACGGAUGCCCCGCCGGGAAGUCAACCGGAGCCUGAGCCGGCGCCGGAUCCGUCCCCUCCUCGUCCGCCGCCCGCCGCGGACAUCGCGGCUUCCAUCUCCUGCUCCCCCGCGUCGGGGUCGAAGCGGUGGAAGGACAUCUUUAGGGUCGGGGAGAAGAAGGCGGCGGAGGAGAAGGAGCGGCGGAAGGAGCGGAAGGCCGGCGCCGGCGCUGCGGAGCUGAACAUCAACAUCUGGCCAUUCUCCCGGAGCCGGUCAGCCGGGAGCGCCACGGCGGGCGGUGGGCGGCCGAGGGCGUCGGUCUCCGGCCGCCGGGUCAGCAGCGCCCCCUGCUCGCGGAGCAACUCGCGGGGGGAGUCCUCCAAGCAUCCGGCGGCGGGGGGGAGGCGGUGGGCGGCGAGUCCGGGGCGGCCGGGCGGGGUUCCCGUGGGGCGGGCCAGCCCGGUGUGGCAGAUCCGGCGGCCGGAGCUGAGGGACAGGGAUAAGGUCACCGGCGGUAAGAGAGCGAGCGGGCCGGGGCUCAGGGUUCUCAACAUGAACGUGAACACGUGCAUAGGGUACCGAGGGCAGAGGAGCUGCAGGGGUGACGAUAAGGAUGGGGUGACCGCGCGUGCUCGGACCGCUGGCGACGGUGGCGGUACCCUCUUCAGCCUGAAGGCGCUCUUUACCAAGAAAGUGUACUAAUUUAUGUAAAUAUACUCUCCGUGGUUGCAUUCUCAACGAGAGUAUCAAAUUUUCGUUUCCUAUGGCCGAGGGUUUGGAUUUUGGGUGGUGCGAUGCUUCCUUCCUUCCUUCCUAAUCUCAUUUUUGUGGUAAUUAUGUAUGCCUAACUUGUAAUUAAUUCGGCAGUUUAGUAAAUCGAUGGUGAAGCGUUGCAUUAAUGAUGACACACAUCGAGAUGGGAGAUUCCUGAUGAUGGACGGACUCCCUUCCCUUGUGAU